GGCAUGCUAUCCUGGCAUCGUGCACCAUGGCAACAGUACAACCUCCACAUUCUCCACCUUCCUGGUGACAGGCAUUCCUGGUCUGGAGGCUGUGCACAUCUGGAUCUCCACACCAUUUGCUGCCAUGUUCUUCAUCAUUUUGGUGGGCAACAUGACCAUCAUUGCAGUUAUCUGGCAAGAACAGACCCUCCAUGUGCCUAUGUACCUCUUCUUGGCCAUGCUAGCUGCCUCUGAUCUAGGUCUGUCCCUCUUCACCUUCCCCACAAUGCUGAGGAUCUUCUGGCUGGAUGCUCGUGAGAUCACCCUCUCAGCUUGCUUCACACAAAUGUUUUUUAUCCACACCUUCCAGGAUUUUGAGUCAGCUGUCAUACUGGCAAUGGCCUUUGACCGUUUUGUGGCCAUAUCUCAUCCAUUGCACUAUUCCUCCAUCCUUACCAGUAGUAUAAUUGCCAAGAUAGCUCUGGCCAUCAUAGUUCGAACCUUAGCCGUACAGGUACCCCUACCUAUCCUCUUGAGGAGGCUGUGCUUCUGUCACUCCAAUGUACUGUCUCAUUCCUACUGCCUGCAUCCUGAUAUCUUAAAGCUCUCCUGCUCCAACACCAGGAUCAAUAGCAUCUUUGGAUUAUUCGUGCUGCUAUCUACUAUGGGGCUUGAUUUUUUCCUUAUCUUUUUUUCAUAUAUUCUGAUACUGAAAACUGUACUAAGCAUUGCAUCCCACCGUGGCAGACUCAAGGCUCUCAACACCUGUAUUUCCCACCUCUGUGCCGUGAUUCUCUUCUUCACACCCAUGAUAUGCCUGUCUGUACUGCACCGCUUUGGUCCAAAACUUCCCUCACAUGUUUAUGUGACCAUGGCCAACAUGCAUUUUCUCAUUCCUCCUGUGAUGAACCCCAUUGUGUAUGUGGUAAAAACCACACAGAUACGACAUAAAAUUCUGAAACUCUUCACCAAAAAAGGAUCAGUAACAACCCAAGUUACCUUUGUAACAUGAAUGAGCACUAUCCUAACAGAGAAAGACUGCUUCAUGAGACAAUGAGCUUCCUAAUAUUCCAAAUGACCACAGAGACUCUGUUUGACCACUGACUCUUCUGAAUAAUAUGAGAUACAGGUUGGAUACCUAUUUCUAUUCUAUGAUUUAAGUGAAAACAUAUUGAAUAAUAAAAAUCAUUCAGUAAAUUAAAAAUCUGAAAUAAUGAACUAGACUCCUUAUUUCUUAGUACAAUGGUUCCUAUACAUUGGUCAGAGAAAUUUGUAGUCUUAUAGUUCAUCCUGCACAGAAUGAACAAAGUACUACUUGUUAUCAUCUGUCUACCUAUCAUACUUGAUAGAGUGAUAGUUAGUUAGUAAAUAGCUUCUUUCUUUUUGCCUUUCUGAGGAGCUGGAGAUAACUGAGUUAAACUAAGUUUUUGUCUUCAUAGUUGUUUAUUUUCUUGAUGGUAUUGUUGUUAAAGUAGGAGACAAGAGGAAUAAAUAAACAAAUA